AUGUUUUCAAAGGUCCUGCUUUUUGUUGCUAUAACUGCUUCUCUUGAGGCUGUAUUUGGUCAUGGACACGGGUUCUCCUCCCAGUACAUUCAUCGCCACGAUGGUCCGGCUCAAGUAAUUCACGUUGCUGGUCAUGACGGUCACGGACAUGAUGGAUAUGGUCAUGGCCACGGUCAUGGACACGGUCAUGCUAUUGACUAUUACGCUUACCCUAAAUACGAGUUUGGCUAUAAGGUAGAAGACCCUCACACCGGUGAUAUCAAGUCUCAACAUGAACACCGCGACGGUGACCGUGUCAAGGGAUAUUACGCUCUACACCAGCCAGAUGGUUCAGUCAGACAUGUCGACUACCACGGUGAUAAGCAUUCUGGUUUCCACGCUGACGUGAAACACAGCACUCAUCACAUCGUGCCCCACCACAACCCUCAUCAUUAUUAA